AUGGGCUACGCUACCGCCGUGCUGAUUGCCCUCCUGGUGUACCGGCUGGGACUGUAUUUAUACCGCUAUACGCUGCACCCGCUGGCGAAGUUCCCGGGACCACGGCUGGCGGCGGUGUCCUCGCUGUAUCAGAUCUAUUAUGAUAUUAUUAAAGACGGUCAGCUUACAUACCAUCUCCAAGACCUCCAUAAGAAAUAUGGCCCCAUAGUCCGCAUCAGCCACAACGAAAUCCAUCUCUCCCCACCCAGCGCCUACCACGAAAUCUACCGCCUUAACACACCCCUCAUCAAGCACCACGGCUUCUACCAGCUCUUCAACCUCUCCAACUCCUCCUUCGGCACCGUCUCCAACGCCGAUCACCGCCGCAAACGCUCAGUGCUCAACCAGUCUUUCUCGCGGCGCACAAUCUUUGAGCUGGAGCCGCUGGUGCAGAGCAAGGUCGACAGGCUGGUGCAGAGAUUAGAGGACGAGUAUGCAGGUGUGGGAAGGGAGGUGUGCGUGCAUAAUGCGUAUCAGGCGGUGACAAUUGAUACUGUGUCGGAUUUUUCGUUUGGGAUUAGUUAUGGCGUCCUCAACAAUGCCGACUUCCGCUCUCGCGCCAUGGAAGCCUUCGACAAGCAACAAGAAGCCUUCCUCGUCUUCAAGCACUUCCCCCUCCUCGCCCGCCUCGCCGGCAACAUGCCCUUCUGGCUCGCAAACCUGCUCAUGCCCGACGGCGCCGGCUUCCUCGAAAUGGAGCAAGACUGCCGCCACCAGAUCCAGCACCUCCUCUCACCCGCCGCCGACACCCCUCCAGCCAAGGCUGGCCAUCCAACCAUUUUCAACCGCCUGCUGGAGGCAUACCCGGACCCGGACGAGAAGACGAUCGACUAUCUUGCGAAGGAGGGCGUGACGGUCGUGAGUGCGGGGACGCAUACGACGAGGCAUGCGCUCUGUGUGGGCACUGUGUAUGCGCUGCAGAAGCCGGAGGUUGGAGAGCGGCUGCUGAGGGAGCUGAGGGAGGUGAUGCCUGGUGUGAGGGAUGUUGCGUCGUUGAAGGAGUUGGAGAGCUUGCCGUAUCUGACGGCGUUUAUCAAGGAGUCUCUGAGGUUGUCCUACGGCGUGGUAGGCCCCUUGCCACGAGUAGUACCAGCAGAGGGUGCAACUAUUGCAGGCGCAUUUUUCCCUGGCGGUACCGUAGUAAUAAUGGACUCCUACAUCGUCCACCAUAACGAAGACCUCUUCCCCUCCAGCCACGAAUUCGACCCAACACGCUGGCUCGUUCCCAACGCUAAGGAGCUCGAUAAGUACCUAGUCAGCUUCUCCGCCGGGUCGCGACAAUGCCUCGGGAUGAACUUGGCAUGGGCAGAGCUGUAUAUGGUGUUCGCGAGGGUAUUUAGAAGGUUUGAGAUGGAGCUAUAUGAGCAUGAAGGAGAGGGGAUAAAGAUCGUGGAACAUUGGUUGCCGACGGUGAGGGGCGAGAAGGUGAGGUGUACGUUGAAGGUUAGGGAGGUGUAG